CCUGUCCAUCGAAGAGGUAAAUAACAAUCAGCUUCCUAUUUGGAUUCAAAUACAUGGGCUACCUUAUGAUAAAAUUAAUAUAAAGAAUGCUGAAAAAAUAGGAGCAAUAGUAGGGAGAGUUAUAAGUGUUGAGAAUCCAUUUGUUGAAGGGAACAUGCUCAGAUCCUUCUUGAGGGUCAGGGUAGAGAUAAAUGUUCAAACACCUCUGAAAACAGGAUUUUGGCUCAAAAGAGAUGAUGGAAGUCAUUCAUGGGCUGAAUUCAAAUAUGAAAAAUUGUAUGAUUACUGUUACAAAUGUGGAAAAAUUGGGCAUGACAAAAAAGCAUGUAUUGAAGAGUUGGCUAUGUCAUUAGUAAACCCAACAAUUCCUAGAUAUGGACCAGAACUUACAACUCCGGGACUGAGAUCAAUAGAGAAUGAGGCAAGAAAGGCAGGAAUUAGGAGGAGAAAGGAAGAACAUAACAACUGGGUGGAGGAGUUAUGGGAGGCGCGUGAGAGAAGCUUGCAAGGGAGAGAAUGGCUGAAAAGACAAUCACAAAGGGAGGAAGAAGGGUCAAAUCAAGGGAGUAUAAGAAGUUCUCAAGCCAGUGCCUUUGCAAAAUCUUGGGGCAGAUUGGCAAAUCCACAAGAGCAAAUGGGAGGGAGACAAGUGGCAACACAGGAAGCUCAAGAACAGGAUGAAGGGACUGAUGAUGAAGAAAUGAACGGUGAUGAUGAUAAUAAUAUAUUGAACCUAGGUGAUGGGACAGCAAACCAGGAAAAAGGGAAAAAGAAAAAGGACAUUCUAGAAAAGCAACAAAUGAGUGAAUCAGUAGCAAUGGAAAACGUGAAUGAUGUCAGGGAAUUAGGAAAGGAUGGGGAGAAUGGGAAAGAUAGCAACAAGAUUUUUAGGAGGUAUAUAGAGAAAGGUGGGCCAAGCAGGAGAAGAAUAGACAGCACAAAAAAGAUGGCAUGGGCUUUCAUCAACCAAAGGCCCAAUAGGGAUAGCCAGCAAAUUAAUAGUGGGCCAACUAAAAAAGGAAAGAACCCCACUAUUGGACAACUACUGAAGGAAUUCAACAAGAAGAUGGUUGAAGAAGGAAGGAAGAGAAAUAUAGAAGAGGGAGUGGAAGAGGAGGCCCAAAAUAGAAAAAAUAUGGAAGUUGAUGGGACAAUAAGCCAAGAUCAGAAUAAGGGGGAAAAGCCAGAACAGAAUAACAAGCAGCUAGUCACAGAAAGCGAUGGAGGGUUCUACUAUGUUGAACUGGCAGAAGAAGAAGAAGAACUAGAGCAGGAGAAUAACAAAGCAAUUGUAGUGGCCAAGGAAUAUGAAAUAGAACUUGCUCGAAGAAUGGAGGAAAAGCUGAAACUCAAAAGAAGAAGAGGAGAUGACCAGCAGGGACAGAUAGGAAAUUGCCUGGACGAAGAAGAGGAAGCUGCGCGGGUGUGGAGAGCUAGCAAGAAGAACAAGGUGGUCGGAGGCCUCAUGGAAGGGAUGGCCAAUGAGGAUGAAGCACAGAUCAGAGGAGACAACUUGGGAAACUCAAUGGCUGAGGAGGCGGGCCUACACAUGCCCCCAACUCAACCAUGAGUGUGAUAAGUUGGAACUGCCGCGGGGUUGCGGCCCCCGCGACAGUUUCUGAACUGCACAGCAUGUGCAAACAAAUAAAGCCUGCAAUAGUAUUUCUAAUAGAAACUAGAGCUAGAGAAGGAACUAUUAAGAAGUUGAAAAGAAGGUUGCAUUUUGAGAAUGUAUUUCACAUAGAACCCCGGGGACUGUCCGGAGGGCUAUGCCUUUUGUGGAAUGAAAUAUAUAAUAUUGAUAUUUAUUUUUGGUGUGAUAAUCAUAUAAAAGCUCGGAUUGACGAUAGGAAAGGGAAGAUAUGGACAUGUAAUUUUAUCUAUGGAAACCCACGCUUUGGAAGAAGAAAGGAGCAAUGGAGAGCAAUUACAGAAAACAAUUGUAAUGAGGGAGAGCCGCAGUUAUUCAUAGGAGACUUUAAUGACAUCUUGAGUCAAGAGGAGAAAAUUGGUCUACAUCCAAAGCCACAAAGCCAGGUAAGAGAGUUUAGACAGUUUGUGGAUAUGAAUUGUCUUAUGGAUUUAGACCUAAAAGGUGGAAGAUUUACGUGGUUUAGUAAUCCGAGGAAUGGAUUCAUCACUAGGGAGAAAAUAGACAGGGCGUUAGCCAAUUGGGAAUGGAGAGCUUUGUACCAGCAUGCGUCACUCACAGCUCUACCAGCAAUAAGUUCUGAUCAUUGUCCGAUAGUUUUAAACAUCAAUCAAAUUCAAAGAAGGGAGAAGAGUUUUAAAUUCGAGGCAUUUUGGGUCGAUCAUGAUGAGUGUGAGAAUGUAGUAAGGAAGGGGUGGGAUAAAGGGAAUAUUCAUGGAUGCGAUUGGAAAGAAUAACAAGAAAAAUGGAAAAUUGCAAAGAGGAACUUAAGAAGUGGAGUAAGAAGACUUUUAAACGUGCAGAUAAAGAAAUCCACAAAUUGAAGGAUGAAUUGAAGAAGCUACAAGAUUCGAACUUAACACAAGAAAAGCAGGAGAUGAUACAAUUAAUAAAGGAGAAUAUAGCAGUUCUAUGGAAGCAGGAAGAGAAAUAUUGGGGACAAAGAGCCAGGUUGAAAUGGUUGAAAUUGGGAGACAAGAAUACAACUUUCUUUCAUGCCACAACCAUUCAAAGAAGAGAGAGGAACAGAAUUGACAAACUGAAGAAUGAAGACGGAUCAUGGAUGGAAGAUAGGAAAGAAAUCAUGAAACACAUAGAGGAACAAUUUGAAGCGUUAUUCACUUCUAACAGAAACAGAAACUUGGCAGCAACUCUAAAUAAAAUUCAAGCGAGAGUCA